UGCACUCCGCUGUGGCGGAAGUAAGUGAACGCUCAGGCCUCAUCCUUCCAAUGGCGACUGCAAACAGGCUCAACAGAAAGCGGGAGCAACUGUGGAGGGGGCCAGAGCACUGGAACUACCACAAUUAAUUAAAUAUAUCAAUCUUCACACGGCCAUAAAGUUGGAGUUAAAUCAACUCGAACUCUCCAACUAAAGGCCGAUUCCAUGGCCAAAAGUCGGAACAUUUCGCUCCUUGAAACGGAGCUGUAUUACCUAGUCUCUCGUUUUCUAACCACGGGUCCCUGUCGGAGAGCAGCUGAGGUCCUGGCCACUGAAUUAGAGGAAUAUCAGCUCUUACCCGGGAGAUUGGAUUGGCAAGGAAACGAACACGCCAGAUCGUAUGAAGAUGUGGUGGCAGCCAACAGACAUAUUGCUCCUGACCAUUUGCUUAAGAUAUGUCAACAAAUCGGACCACUUCUUGACAAAGAGGUGCCAUCAUGUGUCCCAGGUGUAUACUCACUAUUGGGCUCAGGAAAGCAAUCUAUGCUUCGGACAGCAAAAGAAUGCGAGAAUGUGCGGUUUACAGUUUCAUCAUAUGCAGCCCUACACAGGGGACGACCACCAGAGAGGCCUUUGAACUGCAGAAAACCUCCCCCUCUUGUGAAGGUUCACAGAGGACGAGAGCUGACUGGAGUCCAGAACUUUAGCUCGAUCAAUCCUGUCAGCAACUAUGAGCGCAUGCGUCUACACCGCCGCAUCCUGGGCCAUCUGUCUGCAGUGUACUGUAUCGCCUUUGACCGCACUGGUCUCAGGAUCUUCACAGGCUCAGAUGACUGUCUCGUAAAGAUCUGGUCUUCAUUUGACGGGCGGCUCCAUUCGACGUUGAGAGGACAUUCUGCUGAGAUCACUGAUUUGGCAGUGAAUUAUGAAAACACACUGAUCGCAGCAGGAAGCUGUGACAAGACCAUCCGUGUGUGGUGCCUUCGAACCUGUGCCCCUGUGGCUGUGCUACAGGGACACAGUGGAUCCAUUACCUCCUUACAGUUCUCACCAUUUGCCAAGGGCUCAAAACGUUACAUGCUGUCAACUGGUACUGAUGCUACAGUCUGUUUCUGGCAGUGGGAUGUUCAAAACAACUUUAGUGAUCGACCCAUAAAGUUCACAGAGAGGCCACGACCGGGCGUUCAGACCGUUUGCUCCUCCUUCAGUCCAGGUGGGAUGUUUCUAGCAACAGGAAGCACAGACGAUGUCAUCAGAAUAUAUUACCUGGGAAGUGGCAGUCCUGAGAAAAUAUCAGACCUUCAUGAACACACUGAUAAAGUGGACAGCAUUCAGUUUUGCCAUACAAGUGAAAGGUUUGUGAGUGGGAGUCGAGAUGGAACAGCGCGUAUCUGGAAGCUCCAUAACCGCCACCAGUGGAGAUGUAUUCUUCUCAAUAUGGCUGCUACUCUACCGGGAUCUGAUCCAGUGAAUGAUUCUGAAGAAAGCUACUUUAAACCCAAAGUCACCAUGGUUGCGUGGGAUCGGCAUGACAAUACAGUUAUCACCGCCAUUAACAACCAUCUCCUCAAAGUGUGGAACUCCUACACAGGACAGCUGCUGCACGUCCUUAAAGGGCAUGAGGCUGAGGUGUUUGUGCUGGAGCCACAUCCCUUUGACCCCAGGAUCAUUCUGUCUGCUGGCCACGACGGGAAUGUGUACAUUUGGGACCUGCAGCGAGGAACUAACAUUCAGCACUACUUCAAUAUGAUUGAAGGCCAGGGACAUGGAGCAGUGUUUGACUGUAAAUUCACUCCUGAUGGACAACGCUUUGCCUGCACUGAUUCACAUGGCCAUCUGCUCAUCUUUGGCUUUGGCAGUUCUAAGCCGUAUGAGAAGCUCCCAGACCAAGUGUUCUUUCACACAGACUACAGGCCCCUUAUCAGAGACGCCAAUGGCUUUGUCCUGGACGAACAGACACAGCAGGCUCCUCAUCUCAUGCCUCCUCCAUUUUUGGUGGAUGUAGAUGGAAACCCUCACCCGCCCAGGUAUCAGCGCCUGGUUCCUGGUCGGGAGAACAUUGCAGCUGAACACUUAGUUCCACAGCUGGGAUAUGUUGCUACAAGUGAUGGUGAAGUGGUGGAGCAGGUGAUCAGUCAGCAGACUGCAGAGCCAGAGGAAGUGGCUGUACGGCGUAGUAGUCUCCUGGAUGAGGCCAUCCGACAGCUACAGGCACAACAAGACCGCCAGACUCAGCCUGAGAGUGGAGCACCACAGCAGCCUCACAGAGAAGGUCCAGCACUGCUGCCUGCCCCCAGCACCCCGCGCAGAGUGUCAGUCAAUGAUCGGGCUGAUGUGCAGUCUCCUCCUAAUGUGGGAUUGCGGCGCAGCGGUCAGGUGGAGGGUGUGAGGCAGAUGCACCAGAAUGCCCCACGCAGCCAAAUGGCCACAGAAAGAGACCUCCAGGCCUGGAGACGCAGAGUGGUAGUGCCCGAACUGCCACCCAGCGGCUAUAGGGAUCAGGAAGAGAUCAGGAGUGUUAAAGGAGAUGAAGAAGUUGCACUAUUUAUUGCACGGAAAAGACGUAUUAUGUACAGCAGUUGUCGAGAUGAUUCUGAUGAAGAGCCUCCCCCUGUCAAAAAGUCCCACAGCCGCACUGAUCCUCAGGAAUAUUUGGACUUGUCCUGUGAAGAAGGAGAGGAGACAGCCUCCUCAGAUGCACACACUGAGGACAAUGAGCUGGAUGGCAGUGACCUGGACACAUCUAAUGACGAGGAGUGGAAUAGUGACAGUCCAAGUCACUCAUCUAGUGAGUACUCGGACUGGACUGCAGAUGCAGGGAUAAACCUGCAGCCCUCCACACCCCUGUCAGCGAGAAAGCGUGUGCGCCGGCAGCUCAGCAGCUCUGAAGAAGAGGAGGAAGACACAAAGGAAGAGGAGAAUGAGGAAGAGGAGGAGAAGCAGCACAGCGACGAAGAGGAAAGUCCUCAGAAGAAAAGCAAAAGCAAAACAAAGAAGGAGAAAACAAAGUCCCCACGUCGACCCAAACCCAGGCCGUCCAUCAACAGAGAAGUGUCCAAUGAGUUCAGACCAUCCCAAUGGAUUACUGAUGUCAUUCCCAGGAAGUCUCCUUUUGUCCCUCAAAUGGGAGAUGAGGUAAUCUACUUUCGCCAAGGACAUGAGGCCUAUGUUGAUGCUGUGUGUCGGACUGAAUUGUAUCCUAUAAAUUUAGAAAAACAGCCUUGGAAGAAAAUGGAGUUGCGGGACCAGGAGUUUGUGAAAAUUACAGGGAUCAAAUAUGAAGUCUGCCCCCCAACGCUGUGCUGCCUGAAGUUGACUCUUAUUGACACUGGCAAUGGAAAAAUCACUGACAAGUCUUUUACUAUAAAGUAUCACGACAUGCCUGAUGUCAUUGAUUUCUUGGUCCUAAGGCAAAGCUAUGAUGAAGCACUCCGAAGGAACUGGCAGCCAAAUGACAGGUUCCGCUCGGUUAUAGACGAUGCUUGGUGGUUUGGAACUAUAGACUGUCAAGAGCCUUAUCAGCCAGAGUACCCAGACAGCCUGUUUCAGUGUUUCAAAGUCAAGUGGGAUAAUGGGGAGACUGAGAAGCUGAGUCCAUGGGAUAUUGAGCCCAUUUCUGAUGAAGCCCAGCAGCCUGAAACAGAGGGAGCAGGGAUCCCAGUGACAGCAGAGGAGAUGAGGGAGCUCAUGUACAAGCCUCAGCCUGGAGAGUGGGGCGAGCGGAGCCGCGAUGAAGAGUGUGAACGCAUCAUUACAGGCAUCAGUCAGCUCAACGGUGUUGAUAUCGUUGCACCCUUUGCUGGUCCAGUAGACCUCACACAGUACCCCACCUACUGCACUGUGAUCGCCUACCCCACGGAUCUGGGCACCAUCAAGCUGCGGCUCAUGCACAGGUUCUACAGACGACUUUCUGCACUAAUUUGGGAUGCAAGAUAUAUUGCAACCAAUGCACGCACUUUUAACGAGCCAAGAAGCAAAAUAGCAGACUCAGCCAAAAUCAUCACUAAUGUUCUUCUGAAGUUUAUCAAUAAUCCAAGCUGCACAGAUAUUAUGGAGAUUUAUAAUGCUGUGGAAGAAAUGGGUGAUGAUGGGGACGAAGAGGAAGAUGCAGAGGCUCCAGGGACGUCUUCUGGACAUCGACUGCGGCAGCGCACUGUAGAGGUUCUUCCUGAUCGAGAUGCUUGGAAGGAGCAGUGCAAGAGUCUGCUGAAUUAUAUUUUAGAAUGCGAGGACUCUGAGCCAUUCAGACAGCCUGUGGAUCCAGACAAUUAUCCAGACUACCAUGACAUUAUAGACACACCAAUGGACUUUGGCACAGUGAGGAGAACUUUGGAGGAAGACCGCUAUGAAAACCCCAUAGAAUUGUGCAAAGAUGCGCGGUUAAUAUUUGCCAAUGCCAAAGCCUACACACCCAACAAACGCUCCAAGAUUUACAGCAUGACAUUGCGUCUGUCAGCGUUUUUUGAAGAGCGAUUCCGAACCAUCAUAUCAGAGUACAAAACAGCUGUGAAGAGCAGUGAGAGGCUCCGACGAAGCCAAAGGUUCCGCAAGAAGAUGCAACUACAGGAACAGCCAUCAACCACCAAUAACACAAAUCACAGGAAAGGUGCUGCCAAAACUCAGGAAAAAAGGGAGACAUCAGUGACCAAAUCUACCUCAGCCAAGAGUGUCUCGGACAGGGCCCGUCGGAAACAGCGCAGCUCUGAGAACAGCUCAUCUGAAGACGACGAUGUUAAAGCUGCCUCUACAUCAGAAUCUGAAAGUGAGAGUGACGCCAGUGAGUCUGAAGAUGACAAACACUCAAGAACAUCCAGACAACAAGGCAAAGCCACACGGCCCACCAGAAGCAACAAUUCAAAGCAUGCUAACAAAGCUGCAAGUGAUAGUGAUGAUGACAAUGAAGAAGAAAUGGGUAGUGAAGAAGAGGAGAUGUCAAGCAGUCGCUAUCCUAGCAGAUCCAGCCAUAGGAGCACAAGACUCACCAGAAACCGCUCUGGUGCAGACAGAAGGCAAUCAGAGCGUUCCAUGGUGAAUGGCCACAGCAGCCGCUCCUCUCUCAGGGACAGGCGUCAGCGCAGUGAGUCUGACAGAGCUUCCUCAGACUCAGAGGAAGAGGAGGCAUCAGGCCGAAGGGCUCUGAAGAGGAGGACAGCUCAAGCCGCUGUCAAUAAGAUCAAACUGUUAGAGGCCUCUGAGGAGGAAGGCUCAGAGAAGGAGGAACAGCAAGACCAGUCGCCAAGGAACAGCCAUUUAAGAAACUCAUCUCGAACUAACAAACGCACAGCAGUAAUUAAGAGCAGCUCCGAAUCAGAGGAAGAUUCUCACAACACAAAUGAAUCCAGUGAGGAGGAGGUUCAAAACACAAACUCUUCAUCUUGUCAGCAAAAUGGAAACACUAAAAAACAAAGACAGGAUCCCAAAUCAAAAAGCAAUGAUAUCUUGGCCAAUGGACAUGAUGCACAACAUUGCUCAGACCAAGAGGAAUCUAGUGAAGAAAGUUCUGAAGAUGAAGAGCAGCCUGAGAAACCUAUAAGAAGAGCAGCAGUCAAUGCUGCAAAGAAAAGUAGGAUUUCAAGUGAUGAGGAGGAGCAGGAUGAAGACGACUGGCAACCACCUAAAAAGGACAAAAGUCCUUCUUCACAGAAACCAAGUCAAAAUGGACAAGAUUCAGAUAAAACUAGCCCUAAGAAAAAGACAAAUAAAUUGUUAUCAAAAGGCCAAGACCAACCAAAAUUUGCUGCAUCUAGAAAAACAGAAGCUGAUGAUUCCGAGGAGCUGAGUGAUGUUCCUAAGACAUCCAGAACACGUGCGAAAAAGGAAAUGAAGGACAGCUCUAGUGACGAGUUCGAGCCUGAUGCACGGUCACUAAGGCGAACUAGAAACAAGAGCAAACCGAAGCGAGGUCGCGGUACCUCCUCUGCCUCAGAGAGUUCUAACCAAGAAUACAAGCCUAGGACCAAGUCCAGACGUAAAGGCUCCACUGGUUCUUCAGAGGAGGACCCUGAUCAUUCAGACAACAGUAGCAGAAGGCCAAGACUUAGGACUUUAAUAAAAAAGAAAUACACCAGUGACCACUCCCUUUCUGACACUUCUGAGAGCCAGAAGAAAGCAACAAACGGAAUCUCCACCUCAGCAUCUAACAGACCGAAAAGGCAAGCAUCAAACAGAAAUGUAUCAAAUGGAAUAAGAGAGCAAUCUUCUUCCAAAAGAAAACGCAUUUACACUUCAGAUUCUGAGGAUGCAGAGGAGAAGGAAGAGGAGCCUGUGUCCAAGAAGAACAAGAAUAGCAGGUCUGGGCCCUCUAAAACUCCUAAAAAGAAAUCCAAAUCACUGGAUAGUGGCAGCAAUGAGGAGGACUCUGCUUCUCAGUCUGCAGAUCAGGAAGAGGAGAAGGAGGACGACACUGGCCGUUCAGGGAGAAGAAAGAAGAAUGUAAAGCAGCCAAACCGUAAAAAGGGAAGGGAAAGCUACAGCAGCAACAGCAGUAGUCACACAUCACACUCAGAAAGUGACCAGUCUUCUGUCUCUGAACACUCACUCUCUGGCUCAGGGUCCCACAGCAGUCCAAAGAGGAGGCGGGCUCAUCAGCGUCCCCAGAGGACGUCCCGCCUCCAGCUCAGACAGCGGCGCACCUUUGCUGCCUCUGAGGGCGAGGAUAGUGAUGAAACAUACAGCAAACGGACCCCGCGAGUAAAUACACGCUACAGGGGGAAAAGAACUAUCAACUAUCAAGACAGUGAAUGAAGGACUUCGUCUGGGGCUUUUAUUGAACUAUGAAUUAAUUUGUAUUCAGAUUGGUGCAUCUGUACUUGUGAAUGUGUGGAAUGACCCGUCGAUUCACAAAAACUUUGUCUCAGACAGCUCUAAAUUCAGAUAGAUAUGUGGCCACAUUGUAGACUAGUCAGUUUAGACUGACAGUUCUGAUCAUCAGACUACAGUCAAACUAGAGUGCAGACCACUUCCUACUAAUCGGCAUGUCUAUUUUGGAUCAUUAUAUUGUUCCUUUCAACACAAAUUACAGGAAAAUAAUGGACCAUUUGAACUUAAUAGACACAGUAGUCUACUAUUCAGCAGUAUUCAAAACUAUUUCAGAUAAGUAUGUUAAAACAUAAAACUGUCUGAAUUUGGAGCCUAGAGGGUUUUGUGGAUUUACAGAGGCAUCACUGAACAUGUUUACAUGAUGUGCAAAUCCAACAUAUAACCAAUAUUUCAGCUACAGCAAUAGCCCUAUACUUAGCAGCUUUAGACAUUAACUGGAGACUGUCAAAGAGACACUUGAUGGUCACAUUAUGGUAGUAGCACUGGAGUCUUUGAAAGGAAAUGCUGUGAAUCUGUUUCAUUCAGGGAUAUUAUUUAUAUUUUCUAUGAAAAACUUGUUUAUAAAUGGAAUACAAAUUCAAGCAUUUGAACUGCUGUUUUUCACGAGGACAGUGAAUGCUUAUUUCUCACACAUGGCUUGUAAUAUGGUCAGCUGAGUUGCCAUUCUGGGGGAUUCGGUCUGCUUGGGUGCUAUCUGAUAUACCUCUGUUUAAAUCGAGCAUAUUGCUGGCUUGCACUAAUAGACACUGUACAGAGGUAUUUCAUACACUAGUUUUGCAUUAGAAACUCAGGGGUCAGCUAAGUUUACUGUAGUCUCAAUCAUGCAGGUGUUUUGUGAGCAGAAAUAAUUCCACAUCUGCAAAUGUCCACGCACACGAACUGGGACAAAACAAGUCAUUAAUUUAUGGAAAGACUUGACUACAGCACUCCCAUAUAGAUCCACAUACAAACUUCACUGUUCUGGAUUAAAAUGAGCCAAAUGAAUAGAAGUCCCCCAAUGACAUUUCUUUGUGAGUUUAUUGUUUAAUGAAUUAGUGUAGAUAUUAGCAAAAUGUUAAUUUAAAAUGUUUUUGUUCUUUCCUUCUGACUUCCUUCUUUUUUCCACAAUUUGUUUUUUCGUCUUGCCAUAUGUCACACAUUGGUACCUUUUGCUGAGUACAAGUAACCAAAUGUACAGAAGCAAAAUUUUGUGAUUUCUCAUAUUGGGAAGACUUUAUAGUCCUGUGUUAAGUACAGUCAGUAUUAAAUUUAAUUUUCCCAGAUUUGCCAGCCACCUAGAGUUUAGUUUUGUUUAUGGGGAGGUUUCUUAAUACAGUCGCUUUUUUGGCAUUUUGCUUAAUGUUUUUCAUACUACAUGUGUAAUAAACAGGAAAACUGUUGAAGCAAAUGUGGUUGUGGAGUGCAAUGAUUUGUUUUUUGUGUUUUUUAAUAAAACAUUUCACCCCUA